GCACGACAGGCCAGGAGUCAAAACUGAGUCUGUACCAACAGUCUCUGCAGCAGAACUGAGCUCUCGCCGGUACCCUGCACACACACACAGAGGGGAGGAUGCAGACCACACACAGCAGCCUCACCAGACAGCGGCAGCAGCAGGCACGAGCGCUCUGCAGGGAGGCUCGAGGAGAGGGGCUAAAUCUGGGAAAGAAAGUCAGCGUGCCGAAGGACGUGAUGAUGGAGGAGCUGAACCUGACGUCCAACAGAGGUUCCAGAAUGUUCCAGGAGAGGCAGAGGAGGGUGGACAGAUUCACAGUGGAGAAUACAGCUGACACCUCCACUGUCUCAUACGACAACCUGGAUCACAACCAGGGCCAUUCUGCAGCCCCUGUGCAGGGAGGGAAGGAGAACCUGUCAUGCCUCGUACCUGGUAAACGCAGCCCGGUCACCACUCUGAAGAAAAAUGUGGCUAUGAAAGGCAGCCCAGGUGUCCUUGCUGCAGGAUACACCGGUCCUCUGAAAGAAAUUCCUCGUGAAAAGUUCAACAUCACAGUAAUUCCCAGAUCCUACUGCUCACCAUGGAGGGAGGCCCUGGGAGAGUGUGAGGAGAUCCCAGCGUCUCUGAACACACAGCCAGAGAAACUCCAGCCUGUUAACUACAGAUGCUUCAACAGAUCUCCAAUGCCAUUUGGUGGGCGCACACACAGUAAAAGGGUGACCACCCCCCAUCAGCUUCCAAAACCCUGGAGCCCCAAAGCUACAUGGCCUACCCACAGACGGGGACGGCCACAACGACCCAACUUCAACAGAGCACCUCGGGGGUGGGGAUCGGAUACACCCCUGAGUCAACCGAACUGUGAGACCCCUCACCUGCCUGCCGUUUGCUCGGGGCCGAGAGCCUGCAGCGUACACCUGUCCAGGUGUCGCUCGGUCACGAACAGGGAGGCGUCGGUGCACACAGCAGGGCAGAGGUGGCCAAUGUCCUCGUAAAGCUGCUGUAUAUUUAGACUCCAGCAUUGCCCCUAACCAGAGGCUCAAACUGAAAUCUGGGAAUAUAUUUUAUGUAGAGGGAAGAAUUCACAUUAGAGUUAAUAGUCGUGCAGAGGGGUGUUGUAACAGUUAAAUAACAGCCUAAAACCUAAAAUGAUAAAUGUUGUUUAGCAAAGUGAAAGAGAUUAAUUUGUUUUAAGAAAGUCAUAAUGUACAGUGAACUAACAGAAAUAUCUUGAAAGUCACUAUGACAUUAUGAUGAUGAUGAUGAUGAUGAUGUUUAAUGUUCGCAAAGUUGGCCAGACAACAGAAGUUCACAGUAAAAGUCAGGUCCAUUUUU